GCAACCCCGCAGCCUCGGGAAGGGUUUCGCUUCAACCCUUCUAAAUCAUGUAACAACAAAUUGUAGAAUUUAGCUCGGCAUCUUCACAAAGGUCGAUCCUUCGCAUAAUGGACGAGGUUCAUGUGGUACCCAGUGGAAAGGUCUACAGACAAAUUUUUGAUGCAGAGGUUCAGCUCGUCCGUUCUCUGGGUGAAACAAGAAGAAAAUCCCUGUGCCCUGAUAUAUCCUUUGGCAAUGGGAGAAUUCCUAUCAUUCGGAAUUUGGACACACCAACAGGGCAUAUCCUCUCACAACGUCAGCGUUCCUGGAUGGAGGGGUUAAUGAAUGAUGGGUACACUGAAAAUCCAGUGUUACGCAGAGAUGCAGUCCUUUCAGCCAUAGAAACUAAAGAGGUAGAUGAGCUGAACAAUGCAGUGACGGAAGUGAAAGGUCUUCCUGAUGUAAUUGUUCCUACAAAAAAAGGCUCCAUCAUUAUUCAGCAGAUGAUUGAAAAUAAACAGAAAAAACAUGAGGAGGCAAUAAUUGAAUUGGACCAAGAACUGAUGACCAUCAGUAAGGACAUGGAGAAGCAGUUUGCUGAAGCUGCAGAAAAACUUCUGCAGUACAUGGAAAAGUCUCACCAAAAUGUCCAUGAAAUAUUCUCAAAGAUAGAGAGUGACAGUGAUUUGCCUACCUUGACAUUUGAGAGUCUAAAUGAUUUAUGGGAGAGCAUUAGGAAACAUUCUCACCUGAGGAGGGAGCAGAUCAGAGAACUUGAUAAUACAUUCAAGGAGUAUGAAAAAGAAAGAGUGAAACGGGUAACAGCAACAUUUAAGGACUGCAUGAAGACUUUAGAAAAGAUCGCUUAUUUACCAGUCGAUGAUAUUCAUCAAUUUAUUGAUAAAGAAGCAAUGCUAGUAAACCAGGCUGUGCUAGCAAAUCACAGAGCAAUGAGCCAAUUGUAUGUUAAUCUGAUCAAGGCUGACCUAAAGCGAGAGAUAUCACAUCGGCAAAAAUGGAACACUAAGGUUGAAGACUUAAAAACCUACAAGAAGCAGCACAUUCUUCAUAAGUUGAAAGGUUAUUUAGCAAAGGAUUGGAAAGCUGGUUUGGCAAAGGAGGAGGAGUUACUAAGGAAACAACAGCAAGGACUAAACUAUCAACGGAAGCAGCUUCUUGAGGAGAUAGUAAACAUAAAGCCGUCUGAUUGCACUAAAAACUCGUUGGAUGUGUGGUACGACUCUGUAUCUGCCUUAAAUCAGGAAAUUGAUUCACUGCAUAUUCAAUUUAUAAAUAAAUUGCAAAUUUAUUAUGAAAAACUCCAUCAUGAAUGGAUGGCGGAAAUUGAAAAAUGUAAGGAGGAGCUAUUGAGUUCCAAGACGUGUACAGAAAAAGAAGUCAAAGAACUAAUGAUCUCUGACUUUCUUCCUCUUCUUGGCAAUUUACAUCGCCGCUUUGAAGAGGAGCUCUUUGCUAUAGACAAACACAUGGAGGUGUUGGCCCAAGAGACAGAGUUGAAUUGUAAGGACUUGUUCCGUACUUGGAAGGAAGCUGCUUUACUCUGGGAAGAGCAUGAAAUGAAUUUAUCUAAACUGGAAGACCAGCUGAAAGAACAGCUAGGUGACUGUCGCAAGAAACAUGAUAAAGCAAAUCAGACAAGAGAAGCAAAUCUAGACCUGCUUAUUGAUCAGCUGAGACAGGAUAACACACAGACAGAAUUGAAAGCAGACUACAAAAAGGCUGUCUGCCUGCUGAAUGGAAUCAUAAAAGGAUAUGAAAAUUUUUACCAAAAACAGAUGGAAAUAGUUAGUAAAUACCCUCCCACAUUGAGGAAGGAGCUACACAGAUUCAGCACUGAUGUCAGUAAAUAUUUUGGUGUGAUUGAAGUCUACAAACCGGGUGAAACAAAGAUAAUAAUAGAACCUCCAAAAGAGGACAAGAAAAUAUUUCUUACUGAAGAUGCCUGUUUUGGUGCUUCUGAGAAUGUUACGGGAGAAGGUGAUGGGAAUCCAUGCAUAAGGGAAGAGCAAUCGCCAAAUCAGUUAAACCUCCUUGAGGAACAAAGUGAAGAAGAAAUGGAACAUUCAGAGGUUGAAUUAAGUCCUCAAAUGUUAGACAUCAACUUUGGACUUGAACAGAAAGCAAAGGGCUCGAAUGAAAGCACAAACACCAGUAAUCAGGCAGACCGGGAGGCAUCACCUCAUCCUAGUGAACGUUUUUUUGAAGAUGGGUAUAAGGAGGAAAAAGCUUUCAUCCCGGAAGAACAAAUGGUUACUCGUCAAGAAAAGCCAAUUCAAUUGCAGCAUUUCUCUACUUCCAAAGGGAACACCUAUGCAGUGCCAGUUAAGAAGAAGGCAACAUUGAAAACAACAGUGAUCACUAAUAUGGAUGAAAGUGAAAAACUAGAGACCCUUCAAAUCUACACAAAGCAUGCUUUUCUUCCUGAAACAGUGUUUAUUGAUUUAAAGCAAAUGAUUCGCUUGAAUUAUUUUGAUCUCUUAGAGGACUGGUAUGAUAAAGCUAUUGAAAAUGCCAAGAAUGUUGCUGUGGCCAAGAAGAAAGAGUUUAGAGCAGAGUUGGAACUGCGAACUCACUUACAUGAGCCCAGAGGAAAACGCAUUAAGAUGGAUGUACUCCAUGUCCGGGCUGCGGAAUUACGUCUGCACAGUAAGAAAGUGGAACGCCACUGUAAAGGAGUGGAUGAAGCGUUGCAAAACCUCAAAAAGGACUUUACAGAGAUUCAAACGGCACAUUGUAAAUCUCUUUUGGACUUCCGUAACAGUAUAUACAACAUGGAGCAGAUCUUCAAAACAGCAACUAAAUCUGAUAGACUACUUAAUCUGGUAAAUUCCCUUAAAAGCCAGCAGAAAAAAUAUAUGGACGGUGUAAACAAAUUACUUCGCGACUUCCAACAGAAGCUGGACAAAUCACUUGCAAAAUUACAAGAUGACAAUUCACAUUUUAUUAAAUCGCUGAGGUUAUUUGCAGAAGGUGGCAACUUUACAGCAACAGAAGUUGACAUGUACCGCCAAAAGGUGGAGCAGACAACCACAAAGACUGCAGAAACAGAGGGGGCAAUUAUGGUUGACCUGGAAGUAAUGGAGACCAUAUCCCUACAGCAGUCUUCUGAUGUGAUCAAAGAGGUUGAAGACAAAUAUAUGCGUUACACCUCAGAUUUGAUCUUCAUUGAGAAAAUUAAACGACUUUUGACAAACACUCAAACAAGAAUCAAAAGUGAGGUGGCCAAAAGCAACCAUCAGCUCAGAAAUGUAGCUUCCCACCUUGAGCAUCUUGAAAGGAAAAUAGACGCAUGUGCCCGACCAAACCUUGACAAAGAGAGUGUAUUGCCUCAGGACCUAUACCAGUUUACUCAAAUUAUUAGGGAUUUAAUGGAGAAAUGGGCCAUCUACCUCAACUGCUUGGUGGAACCGGUUGUAACCGAAGUCCCUCUCCAGGGGCCGAUUGCCACAGCCACUCGUGGUGAUUUCCAGAAACAAGACAAUAAAGUAACCUUCUCUGUCAAUGAGAAUUUAUUUCAGCCCAGCAGAAAAGGACGAAAUGCCACUGAAGAUGUGGCUGUUGGUGUCAUCAAAGAAAUACUACAGACUCGAAAAUCAAAGGUAUUACCUGAAAUGCUGCCUGAGGAGAAUGCUGACCAAGUUAAAGUGGCAGGAUCUCAAAUAUCAUUUCCUUCUGUGUCCCAAAAUGUCCGCUCUGCUGGUGGGUCUUCCAGAGGACAAAAGUCUGCAUCAUCAGUACUAAGUGCAAUUAAGUAUUCAAAGCCAAACCGCUUUGAUCCAAAGUAUCAAGUUUUUGGUGAAACUGCAGAAGCAUCUGAAUAUUAUAAAGGAGCAAUAACAUAUAUUUUAUGGGAAAAUACCAAUACCUUACUGGCAAUGGCUGAGGACUACUACAAAAAAAAAGACCGAUUUCCAGUCUACAGGCCUGAGUACCUGAAGGACACAUUUGACUUAUGUGCAGAAGAGGUGAUUCAGAAGAUGCUGUCAUAUCAGUCUCAGGCGACUGAUUAUUACAAUAACAUUCUGCAAGAAUUCAGAGAGCAGCUGCUGUUGUUAGAACAGUUGCUCCCUGCCGUACCUCGCUUCCUAAUCGAAGAAAUCCUCAAGCAUCACAUGGAGGUUAUCACAAAGGCAAUGGCUGAGAAACACUCCACAUUCAGCAAAAAACAACAGCAGCUGGAGAGUGGCAAGGCUGGAAAUAAACACAGGCUACGGCCAGUUUUAGGUCAUCCCAACAAUCUUGAGGUGCUCAACAGUCUGUGCAAAGAGGAGGAAGAACGACAAGAUAUUGAGUCCACAGAGAUCAUUAGCAAUGCAGAAAGCCUGAAGCAAUGUUUAUAUGAACAUGCCAAGAACUUUGUGUCUGAGCUCUCCUGCCUCUCUGAACAGCUCCUCCUGGAAUUUGACAACUUCCUCACCAUUGAUGAUGUCCAAACUCCUGAUCUGACUGAAGCAAAUGAAAAGGCCUACACUUUGACUCUACAGAAGCCAGCUGGGCCUCGAUUACAAGAGAAAGAAAAUUACUGCGGGCAUUCUGACCCAGAGGAUCGAGGUGGCAGGAGCUGGCCAGGGAUUCCAGCCAAUGAACUUCUACAAAUUGAAUCUGCACCAGCAGGAACUUUGUCUACAGAAACUGCAGCUGUAACAACUGCUAAGACAGCUCUGGUUCAUUUGGCUAUGAUAGAGGCAAGAGACGCUGCGUAUCUGAAAUACAAGCAAUAUUUUCUACAGGAGAUGUCACAGAUAGAACAGGAGACAAAUGGGCUGCUAAUUAAUGCCCAGCGAUGGGCGCAAGGCUGGAAAGACUCAGUGAUGAAUAUAAAGAAGCUGUAUGCCUAGACCGACCUUGUAAUAUGCUUUAAUGCUGAACUUCGAAUUGCUCAAUAGUUAUUCACAGUUGUA